UUUAUAUUAUAGAUUUAGAAAGAUUUCACUGCAGUUUAUUUUAAAAUUUAGGAUUCUCUUGUGUCACCAUGUGCUUGAAAAAUUACUCCCAAACCCUAAUUUUAUUCUUAUUACACCUAGAGCAAAUCACAUCCCUCUUUCUCACACUGGCUUCUUUUCCCUGUAUGUGAUUUUCUUCGUUUUAGCCCCUCGUUAUCCCAGUCAUUGAAAUGUAGUAGUAAUGUUAGCAUCUAACUGUGAAUGUACGUGUGUCGCUUUUAUCGUGUGGACUCGUACUAUUGAAGUGGCAGCAGAACCGGUCUGUCGCCUUUGGGGAUGGUCGCGGCCAUUACAAUCCCGGGUACUCUCUCUUUUCUAUUUUCUCUUUUCAUACGUAUGGACUAUCUUCUUUCUAUCCCUUUUUCAUUGGCCAUAUCUCUCAUUUAACUGUCCUUUUUAUAUUUUCUCUUCCCUGCAUUUUAUGUCCUAUCUCUAUUUUUAAAGCAUUCUUGUCCCUAAUGUACAUCUCGAAAAGCCAGAAAAAUAAAAUCGAUUUCCGCUCUCAUAGUUGCUCUGUAGCUUUAGCAGCUGCGACGGCAACGCAGCAGGAUUUCGU